AUGGGAACCGAUUAUUACCAAUGUGGCGGUUCUAUCCUAAAUGAAAGAAAUGUUCUAACAGCAGCACAUUGUUUGACAGGAAUGCAAGAAGUAUUUGUAAGGGCAGGUAGUACGGAAUCCGACAGUGGCGGUACUCAGUACUCAACAAAAACAUUCUUCCAACAUCCCAUGUAUGAUUCAACUACAAGUGAUUACGACGUUGGCUUAGUUAAACUACGGAAACGUAUUAAUAUAGAUGGGAAAAAUACUAAGAAAGUCACUCUAGUGGCUCGGAAUACUGCCAUUCCUGCAGGGCAGAAUGUUACUGUGACUGGUUGGGGAGCUACAUCGGAAAAUGGACCAACAAGUGAAAAUCUCAUGGCUGUGCAAGUACCAGUGGUAAGCAAUGAUGAUUGUCGAAAGACGUAUGGUACGAGAGCAAUAACAGACAGGAUGUUUUGCGCAGGCACACCUGAAGGUGGCAAGGAUUCCUGCCAGGGUGACUCUGGUGGUCCUGUAGUUUUCACUUCCUCAGAAACUCAGGUUGGGGUAGUUUCCUUUGGAAUUGGAUGCGCCCGCGCAGGAACUCCGGGAGUGUACACUAAUCUUGCCAGUCCUCCGAUACGUUCGUGGAUAAGGGUUAAUUCUGGAGUAUGA